ACACAUACAGAGUGAGAUGAGGCGAUCAACAGCCACAACUCUGGCGUUUCUUUUCCAUCACGCUGACACAGAAUCCGCACAUUUGGGGGUUGUUUUGAUGCCCGUUAGUAUCUGGUGACCCUCAGUCCUUCCGCUCUACAGCAUAUCUGUUAACAAAAAGUGCAUUUUUGCACCUCUAUGUUUUGCACGUGUCAGAUUCAGAUUGUUGACGCACGCUGGAUCAAUGAGAGAAGUUAGGUAGACUACGGCGGUGCUUUUUAACUUGUUGCGCGGUGAUGCAAGUGUCCUAUUGCGCAAGAGAAUGAUUCAUGAGUCAGUUAUUAUACAUAUAACUUCUUCUUCGAGCUAUUUGACGGGCAGAAGUUACUUUAGAAUGGGCUCAAGGGACGAGAUACAUUCUCAACCUGCCGUUCAGUCUGCGCAAUUUAGUUAAAGUGGACUACCGGAGCUACCCAAAGACGCAAAUCAAGAGUUGGAUGUGGACGUUCUUGGGUCCUAAUACGUGCACCUUUAGAGUAAAAUUAUAUUGAUUUUCUAAGCAACUAAUCUUGGAGAUGUCGGAGUCUUACGAGGACGGGGUGUGCGGAGAUGGAGCUCCGGACUUCAUCCCACCGAGAGCGAUUCGAUCAUCCCGGCGGAGUGGAGUCACCAUACCGCUGGUGGAGCGCGAUGAGGCGGCUCUCCUGGAGUCGGUGAAAAUGGCACCGAGGAGGAGCAGCAUCAUUAAGGACCCUUCAGUGGCUAAGGUCAGUGGUGGGAGGAAGAAAACGGUUUCCUUUAGCAGUAUUCCAUCAGAAAAGAAGGUGAGCAGUGCUGCAGAUUGCCUUGCCUUCAUGCAGGGUGGCUGCGAGCUAAAGAAGGUCCGUCCCAACUCGCGCAUCUACUCGCGAUUCUACACUUUAGACCCUGACCUGGCCUGCCUUCGUUGGGAACCCUCCAAGAAAGAUGGUGACCGAGCCCGACUUGACAUCUCCGCCAUUCGGGAGGUGCGCACUGGGAAAAGCACAGAGACCUUUCUUCAUAAUGGCCCAUCAGAUCACCUGGCUGAAGAAGCAGCCUUCUCCAUCAUUCAUGGUGAUGAGUAUCAGUCUCUGGACCUGGUUGCUCUCUCUGCCGAUGUGGCCAACAUCUGGGUGACAGGGUUGCGGUACCUGCUGUCUCACCCUGGUGCCAUUGGAGGAGGGAGUGGAGGUGAUGGAGGGGUUGGAGAGUCCAGCAUUGGAAGCAAGAUGAGGCGGAACUGGUUGGCGGCAGAGUUUGCUCUGGUUGAUGAGGAUGGACACGAAAUCGUGUCUGAAGAUACGGCAGUAGCCACCAUCUGUAAACUCUGUCCUGGAAUUAAGGAGGCAAAGGUGCGUUUGCGCUUUAAGGAAAUUCAGAGGAGCAAAGAGAAGCUAACGUCUCAUGUUACGCUGGAAGAGUUCCAGGAGGCCUACUGCGAGUUGUGUACACGACCUGAUGUCUAUUUCCUGCUAGUCCAACUCUCUAAAGACAGAGAGUGCCUUGACGCUCAGGACCUGCGUCUUUUCCUGGAGACGGAGCAAGGUCUGUCAUUGGCCACCAAUGAGGGCUGCUUAGAGCUUAUUCGCCACUUUGAGCCCUCUGCAGCUGGACGUGAGCGAGGUUUACUGGGAUUGGAUGGAUUCACCCGCUACCUACAGUCAACUGAGUGCCAGUUGUUAGACCCUGAGCAUCAGAAUGUGUGCCACGAUAUGAAGAUGCCCCUGUCUCAUUAUUUCAUCAGUGCCUCCUACCGCUCCUACCUGCUAGAUGACCAAGUGCAUGGCCGGGCUGAUCUCGGGGGGCUCACUCGAGCCCUGCAGGCUGGAUGUCGGUGUCUGGAGCUGGGGGUGACAGAUGGGCCAGAAGGGGAGCCACUACUGGGUGUAGACUAUGGUACAGAUGGAAAACAUCAUCACCAUCACCACCAUCAUGGUUCUGUUACUCUGCGCAGUGCCCUAGAAGUAAUCAACAAAUAUGCUUUUCUCACCUCCCAGUAUCCUCUGCUGCUGCAUCUAUGCCAGCGUUGCUCACCUUCCCAGCAAUGUACUCUUGCACAACACCUAAAAAAGGUUUUUGGAUCCAAGCUCUAUACCCCUGAAUCUCUGCCUGUCAGUCUGGGAGGUCGCUCAACCACUUUGCCCUCUCCAGAGCAGUUAAAGGGUAAGGUGCUUCUUGUUGGAAAGAAGCUGCCCCCAGAAGAGGAAGGUUCUGAAGGAGAGGUAUCUGAGGACGAUGAGGAGAUUGGUGGCGGCGGUCCUCUGGCUGGCCGAAGAAUGACUAUCCCUGGGGAAGAGGAACUAGGGGUGGUCCUUGUUGUCCCCCCUCCCCCACAGCCAAGGCGCCUCCGUUUGAGGCGUGAAUUGUCCAAUCUCGUUGCCGUUGCUCGUUCUGGAAGUCGCAACUUUUAUGCUCACCGUGCGAGUAUUCAGCAGUCCCAGCAGCAUUCUCCCCCUUCUACUCCUUCUACACCAGGUACACCUAUGACACUUGACCCACCCUACUGGACCCUGUGCUCUCUCGGGGAAGGGGAGGCUGGACGGCUUGCUAGCGAGAGCCCAGAGGAGCUUGUGAGCUUUACCAAGCGCAAUCUAACCCGUGUGCGGCCAAGUUCAGUAAGGCUAGACUCUAGUAACCCAAAUCCACAAGGCUACUGGAAAGGAGGAGUGCAACUGGUUGCGCUCAACCAACAGACGCCAGGUGCCAUGCUAGACCUGAACCGAGGCCGUUUUAUGCAGAACGGUGGGUGCGGGUAUGUGCUUCGUCCAGCAGUCAUGCGAGAGGAGGUUUCCUACUUCAGUGCCCAGUCGCAAGGCUGCGUGCCUGGUGUACCACCGCAAACACUUAGGGUGAAGGUCAUUAGUGCCCAUAGUCUACCCAAACCACAAGGCUCUGGUGCCAAAGGAGAGGUCAUCGACCCAUAUGUGGUGCUGGAACUGCAUGGUGUGCCUUCAGACUGCACAGAGCAGAGAACUCGCACUGCUGCCCAGAACCAGGAUGACCCACUGUUUGACGAAACAUUCGAGUUCCAGGUGAACAUGCCUGAACUAGCCCUGCUGCGUUUCGUAGUUUUGGAUGACGAUUAUAUAGGCGAUGACUUCAUUGGCCAGUACACCAUCGCCUUUGAGUGUCUACAGCCUGGUUACCGCAAUGUGCCCCUUCUAGGCCUCGCUGGAGACCCUUUGCUCCAUGCCAGCUUGUUUGUACACGUCGCCAUCACUAACCGCAGAGGUGGAGGAAAGGCCCAGAGACGGGGUCUGUCCGUCAUGAGAGGAGUGCGGCGUGGACGAGAGUACGUCACCCUGCGCAACACGGGCAUCAAAGUGCUGGAUGACGUUUUCCGCCCAGCCGGCGGACCUCUGCGAGAAGCUACAGACCUGCGAGAGGAUGCGCUGAGCGUUACAGUGGCUUUUAAAGAGCAGUGUGGGCUCCCUCCGAUGGCCACACCAAAGCAGUGCAUCCAGAGCUUGGCCACGAGGUUGCAGACUCCAGACGGGCCCCCAGGGGCCACACUCACUCUGAAGGAAGGUUACCCAUGCCUGGAACCUGUGGGCAACUUGACUGAUGCCACUCGUAAACUGUUAAAUGGUUAUGACGCGAUGGUCUCUUCUAACAAACAGCUGAUUGAAAAUGCAGAUGGAGUGCAGGAGAGAAUUGCACAAGUGCAAAAGGAAGGAAUGGUGCUUCAUGAAGACCUGCCCAGGUUAGGAGAAAAGGAAAAUCUGAAAGGCCGUAAACAGAGUAAAGCUGUGGAAAGUUUCACUUGGAACAUCACGGUACUGAAGGGUCAGUGUGACCUCCUGCGCAGUGCUAAGAUGGAUGCUUUGGAUACGUUGAGGCAGCUGGCGUUGGCCUGUGAGGCAUCCGGUCUGAUCUUGACAUCUGAUGGUCAGUACACCCCUCACGGCAGACGCGGCAGUAGCCAUGGCAACGGUCGCAUCUGAGCCUCAAAGAUACGCAGAGGGAUUGGAAGAGCAUUUAUUCGUAGGUGAAUGAAUGGUUGAAUGUUUGACAGACCGAUAUAUAGUUGGGAAGAUACAAGUAGAGACAUUUGUCCUCUAUUGCAAUGGGUGCUUGUUUUUAGCACAGCAUGGACCAGAAGUUAUUUGAGGACAAAAUGAGGAAUGUUCUUAUCAAGACCUACUGAAUGAAGGACGUGAAAGGAAUUAAAGCGAAUUCCUCAGCGAUAUAAAAUUUCACAAACAUAGAUUUGGAUGGAAUGAAUAUCGUUCCUGCAAUAUUUAAGAGGACUUAAGGGUUGAAUUCAUUCACAGGCUAAAAAUAGAUAAACAUGCUUUCGAGCAUUUUAGAAAAAUGUAUAAACCUAAAACUUUGUGGUUCCCCUAGUUCAUGACUUAACCACCAAAGUGUGAGGUUUGUUUACUCAGGUUAGCACAAACACAUCUCAAAAGUCAUUUUUGGAGGGUCUACCGAGGGUCGGUCUGCAUCACCUCCAGGACUUUAUCUCCUUCUGUGUUGUCACUCAAUCUGAUUGACAGGUGACGUCCACCAGCAGGACUGUACUGUUUCUACCCCUAAGAAUAAGCCCAAUCCAUCCCAGCAUGGAUGGGGUGUAUCUGGUGCCUCUCCAUUGGAGGGAACCAUAUCCUCACCUUCCAUCUUCCCCAGUGACACGGAUUGUUUUCAACUUAUUAACAAUGCAGAAUGAACUCAAGAAGGCUUUGUUAAAAUACUGCUCAUCGCUCCCUAACAGUGUUAACUGAGCCGGUUGCUCAAUGGGACGACCUGUACCGAUUACACCACAUUUCCCCGUAAUCCGUACAGAGCUCAGCACCUGGGAUUGGAACAAUGUUAGUGAAUAACUGCACAUUUUGUGUCAAAAGUGACUUUAUUCACAGCGUACAUUCCUUAGCUUGAAUGAAUGAAGAAGGACAAAGACAAACAGUCCACUGGCAGGGUUUUUCUUUUUUGUCAUAACGAAGAUAAAAAAAUGCUACUAAACAUGGAGGAUUACUUCAGGAUGUUUGAUUAAAAACAUAAAAAAAAAAAAAUUAUAAACUGCUUUAAGCACUGAGAGUACUAAAAUAGAUUUUUAAAAUUCUUAAGUAUAAACUGCUUUACAACUUUCAUUGUGUAACAUUUUACAGUGUUGUGUGAUAGACAAGGAAAACGCUGGCAGGACACUUACAAUAAGACUAGGUUUUAAAAUUGUAUUUCCGUAUAUUAACAGGAUAACAGAAAUUAGAUAUGUGAGAUUGUGAGACUAUAUAUAUUAUUUUUCUUAUGGUAGACAUAGAAGUGUCUGGAUGUCGCGUGCGUAUGUGAAUGUAUGUGUGCAAGGGUGCUAAUGUAAAUGUGUUUGAGACGUUUCAGUGGCACAUGUUCUGAAUGUGACCAAUCUGGUGCCCGAUCGAUUUGGGCGGUGGUUUUUAAACGAAAAACCUGACUGUUGGUUGAUGUCAAAUAUUUUAUUUUAGAAGACCAAAUGAGCAACAGUCUGAUUGUGUGUGGAAGAUUUGAACAAGAAAACGCAUAACUUUUCCACACAAGCAGACUUCCUGUUGUCCUGUUUCGUGUUUCCACAAGUCUUUGUACCCUUCUCUACUUCCUUUAUGCGUUUAAUUUUCUCUCCCUUUAUCCAUGCCUUGUUCUCUUCCUGUUCUCUCUUUCUGACUGAGGGGUGAGCGUUCCACGCAUGUCCUGUGACUGUUUGUGUACAUGUCUGAACUGAAUGUGUACUGACUCCUAAAGUGUUCCUUAAAAAACAAAUUGUUUGCUGAAGAGUGAACAAAAACAUUUUGUGAAUUAUAUAAGAGAAUUGUAGAUAGUAAUAUCUUUAAGCUUCAAACAUAGUUGUCCUCUUUAUAAUGUCAAUGCGCGUACGUGCUUUUGUAACACGUAACCUUUGUUCCUUCGGCCCUUGGACCUGAACCCUGAGGAGGAUAUGUGUACCUGUGGGCCAAAAUCUAAAUAAUAAAUACCCAUUUACAGUAUUAUCUUUCCGUUCCAGUUUAGAUGGCGCUUGAGACCAAUCAGACAUGUGAAGUGAGUUGUCUCACUUUAGACGGGUACAAUUACUCUUAUGAGCAAUCUGGUACAAAUACAACAUGUCGCUGUCCGUAAGAGUCCAUGACAAGCAACACGAACCCCAUUCAGGUGCACUUUAAACAAAACAGAGCAAUCCAUUUGGACCGGUCUAUGAUUCCUGCAGUAUUAGGUAGUGGUUAAGAUCUCAGACGGUGCAAUAUUACUCUGCAGUUUGACGUUAAACAUAAUGACUAGUCUAAUGAGGAGCAUUAAUCCAGCUGUCUUAACUUCCAGUUUUUGCUUUUUUUUCCAUGCGUUUGUCGUGACUGCAUUUCCUCUGACUCUUAAAAUUCACAUUCUUGUUAGCAGUUAUUGUCCUUGUAGAAAUGGAGAGUAUUUAUUAAAGGUGACAAGCGUGCAUUAAACGAAGUAAAUUUCAAAGCAACGUUGCUUUUAUUUUGAAAUGAUGGUUUGUAUUUUAUAACAUUAACAAACUGAUGUAACACAGAUGUGCCCCAGACUAAAUAAAGCUAUCUUUUACUGAC